UUGAUGCUGGGUCGGCGUAGCUGCUUUCUUUGCAAAGGAAUGCCGUGGCUUUAUCUCUGUCGGGAUGGAGGUCUGACUGACGUUUUGAGAAAAACAUGUCGGGACUGCACUUUCUUAUCUUAUUAAAUAACCAUGAUGCUCAAAACAACAUGGUAGUAACCUCUACCUGUAACUGGCAAGCAAAAACAUCUAGUCAGAUUUAAGAGAACUGCUGCAUAUUUCCGAGUCAACAUUUAGCACUUCGGCAUUGUAUUUGCUCCUAAGCAUGGACCCAUAACUUCCUCAGCGAUCAGGGUUCACAGUUCUACUUUUCCUUCAGUUGCUGUGUGACGAACUGUCUGGAAGAGUUACAGCUGUUACUGCGUGUCGCCGUACAAGCCUGUGAAGCUUCAUCAAGAUGUUUUCAGCGCUUAAAAAGCUGGUGGGAUCUGAGCCAGGGCAGCUCAGGGACAAGAACAUCCCAGCUGGCCUGCAGUCCAUGAACCAAAGUCUGCAGAGGCGCUUCGCCAAAGGGGUCCAGUAUAACAUGAAAAUAGUCAUCCGGGGAGAUAGAAACACCGGCAAGAGUACUUUAUGGCAUCGACUGCAGGGCAAGAAGUUUGUGGAGGAGUACCUGCCCACUCAGGAAAUCCAAGCCACAAGUAUCCAUUGGAAUUACAAAACUACUGAUGAUGUGGUCAAAGUAGAGGUGUGGGACGUGGUAGACAAAGGCAAAGGCAAAAGGCGCGGAGACAAUUUAAAACUGGAGAAUGAGCCCCAAGAGUCAGAUGAGGUGGCCCUGGAUGCCGAGUUCCUGGAUGUGUACAAGAACUGUAACGGAGUCAUCAUGAUGUUCGACAUUACCAAGCAGUGGACUUUUAACUACAUCCUGAGGGAGCUUCCCAAAGUACCCACCCAUGUGCCGGUAUGCGUGCUGGGGAACCACAGGGACAUGGGCGAGCAUCGUGUCAUCCUCCCCGAUGAUAUAAGAGACCUGAUUGCUGGACUUAACAGACCAAUGGGAUCAUCUUACAUCCACUAUGCUGAGUCCUCAAUGAAGAAUGGCUUUGGCUUGAAAUAUCUGCACAGGUUUUUCAACAUCCCCUUCCUGCAGCUACAGAGAGAGACACUCCUGAGGCAGCUGGAAACCAACCAGCUGGACAUGGAUGCAACCUUGGAGGAGCUCUGUGUCCAGCAGGAGACUGAAGAUCAAAACUAUGAGAUUUUCCUGGAGAACUUGGAGUCUCGCAGUAAGGGCUAUGGCUCUCCUGGUCCAGCCAACGGUCAGAGUCCCUCCUCAGGCUCUCAGUCCCCCAUCGUCCCUCCCAGUGGGGCCUCCACAGGCAGCUCCAGCCCCAGCACCCCUCAGCCCCCCAUUCCCUCCCAGGCACUUCCACAAUCCCCAUCUGUUUCUGCCUGUGCUCCUCCACCCCCCUCGACGGCAGUCAGCGUGACAGCUUCACCUACAGUUGAGUCAAAGCCAUCGGCCCAGUCGCCCGAACACCUUCAGCCUACAGCUGUUUCUGGGGCGCCUCCCUCUCAGAAACGCAGCUUCAUCUCCCGUUUGUUUGGUUCAACAUCUGCUACUGAUGCUCCUGCUCCUGGACCAGAGGACCCGCCUGCACCAGUGUGUCCUGCUAAGGUUCAGAGCGUAGAUGAUUUUGUGCCAGAUGAGAGACUGGAUAAAAGCUUCCUGGAGGACAGCCUGCCCUCCAAGACCAAGGUGCCUCAGCCUGCACCAGCUCCGGCUGUAGACAGUGACAGUGAUGGUGAAGGCAGAGGGAACCCCAUGGUGUCUGGUUUCCAGGACGAGCUCGAUCCGGAUGACACUGAACCCAGCCUUCCCCAAUCUAAGACCCUGCCCCCCAGCAAAGAUAUCACUCUGACCAGUGACGAGGAGGAGGGAGUACCAGUCACCACUGUCACACAGGACCAAGACCUGGACAGUGAACCUGAGCUGAAAGCACCUGUGAUCCACAUCACAAAACCAAAGGUGGCAUCUAAAGCGCCAGAGGCCAGAGGCCAGACCGCAGCACCCAUCUCCCUCACUCUGACUCCAGCAGCAGAGCAGCCGGCCCGACACCAAGGCAAGAAGAAGGGAAGUGCACCCAAAGCAGAGGAUUCGGAUACAGACCCUGAGGCCCCUGUAGCCCAGCAGAUGCUCUCGUUUGUCAUGGAUGAUCCCGACUUUGAGUCUGAAGCAUCAGACACACCAAAAAUAGCAAAGGAUUCAUUUCCAGUCAGAGAUGAGCUUCUGUCCGACCUCUCUGACGAUGACCUGCAGUUAGCCAAGGUGCCAGAACCUCUGAAGCCCACUGUGAUCUCCUUCAAACACAAGGAUGACACCGACCUGUUCGGCCUCGGCAUCCAGGAAGAGGCUCCCGCAGCCAAAGACAGCAGUGAGGAGCAGGAAGAGAAAGAAAGCAAACACUCCUCCAAAGAAAAGAAGAAAAAGAAGAAGAAAAGCAAAGAGGCAAAGUUAUUGUUGUUCAUAUUACAUACUUUAAGCAGUAUAAAAACACUGUGAUCUCAAUACACUAAAUUGUGUCCUUCCGUUUUCAGGAGGAUGAAAAGAGCAAGAAGAAACACAAACACAAGAAAAAGGAGAAAGAUGAAGCUGCAGCAGUGGAUGAGAAAAAGAAAAAGAAAACCCGGACCAAGAAAACAGAAGUGGACGAGUUGGAGGACUUCCUGGGUGGAGGAGCAGGUUUGGUCAAAAGAGAUGACGGUGAUUAUGAAGAACUAUAAAAGCUCCUGUUUUCUGAGGAAAUGCAGCCACAGAACAGCAGUGAGGAGUGUGGUCGUUCAGAAAAACCUCUUGGUUCCUUGACUUGUAUGUGCAUAAAGCAGCAUCUCCAAGCCAUACGCAAUACACAAGGCUACCAACGACACCCAGGUAAAAUAUCCAAGACACUCUGGUACCUGUAUGUUCCUUCUGAUUGAUUUCCCCAUCUGCACUACUGCUGUCACUUCCAUUCCAACCUUUAAGAAACGGCGAGGAGACCCACAUGUACUGUAGUGAGUCGUGACAUUUAGAAUUGAUGAUUGGUGUACCCACAAGUUUGCUCUUUGUACUUUUGAAAUGAUUGGCUUAAUACUCAAUUUGAUUUGAGACAGUCUGUAUGCGAUCCACUCCCAAUCAGCUGCUGUAAAUACGGUUACUAUUUUGUCUGAAUGUUUGUUUGUUGGUGUAAUAAUGGAGAGCAUGCUAAAAGUGAGGACUCACUUCUGAGACACUCCAUAAAUGUCCUGUCCUGUCUUUUCUUCCUUGUUUUCUUAAAUGGUUGGUGGCAGAUUUAGUCUUGAAGAAGAAUUCUGAGUUGAUUUAAGGAUUUUUACCAUGACAUCCCCCUUUUUCACCCUUGAAGUAUGUCUAAGCUGAGCCGGUUAAAUUUGCAAAGUUAAAGGAGCAGUGUGGAGGAUUUAGUGGCAUCUAGCGGUAAAGUUGCACAUUACAACCAACUGAAUACAGCUUCCAAAAGUGUAGGAGAAAUUGCCAGUGCCCCUUUAUAAAGCCAGUGUUUGGUUUGUCCUUUCUGGGCUACUGUAAAAACAUGACGGACUCCAUUAAAGGCGACCCAAAGCUGUAGACAAAACGUCUCCAUUCUAAUCAAAACACAAUGAUUCUUAUUUUUAAUUAUCUUAUAACUGGCUGAGACUCAGCACAGUAACUGGACCAUGUCAGUCCAAGUGGUCAUAUCCUAGGUUAUUGUGCAGCCCCUCUGUUGAUGAUGUAUCCGAUUACUAUGGGUCUGCUCAGAACUGGUGGAAAUACAGGCUUGUUUGCUGGAUAGCACCAAGGUUCCAAGAAUCUUUAAUAGAACUGAACUUAGUGAGCUGAGAGUUUAGUUUGAUAUUAAAGAUACGUUUGCUACUACUUCCUACUUCAUGACAUGAGAGAGGGAGCGAUUGUGUAUUCCUCAGGGCGUACUGUGUGUAGUACGUUCAGUGAGUGAGCGAACUGGUUGAAUUUGUGUUCAUUGUUGUGAUUGUAACUACCAGGAGGGACUGUCUAACAGUGAAGUGGACACGUCGUUAUCACAGCUUUUUAAAAAUUAGCCGGCUCAGUGUGGAUGUAGUCUUGUUGUGACACCAUCGAGAUGUCUCCACUUCCUCCCAUGUAUGAAAAUACAUACAAACUGUGCUAGUGAUAUAAUUCAGAGCUGUCUGUGUAGUAGUGAUCGGAAUUGCCGCCGUGGUAUCAAAGUCCCGCCCAUACGCCUGGCCGACUCAGUCGCUAGCAGGGCUCAGCUGUCAAUCAUGAUGUGAAAGCCCCUUUCUAUAGCAUCAAAUAACUCAUUAAAACCAAAUUGAUCUGAAAAAUGAACACUUGAACAUACAUCAGCGUGAUAAGAACUACCUAAAAUGACUGACGCCAUCUUUGGAAACAAUUUAUUUGACAUGAACUUUUGUACGUGCACUACCUGGAGGCUGUGAACAUUAUGACCUCUCCUGCAGUCAGCCACCAGAGGGCAAUAGUAAUCUUUUGGCUUCACUUUUGGAUAUAUAUAUGGAUGUGUAAGACAACAGCCACUAAAGCCACUUCGGCAGCGAACAAGUCAUCACUGGAGAUUUUCUGAUUGUGAUCUAAAUAGCUGUUACUUUCCUCCCCCAUUAGCAACCUAACGAUGACUUUAACGGCGACCUUCCUCUGCUUCAGCCUGCGGGCUGCGUACAAAUUCUCUCUGUGUUUUCUGCAAUUGCCUUAAUGGAGGUUAUUACAAGGGAAUGACAUGUCGCUAUCCUCAUGAACCAUUUUUAAGUGUUCUUACUGUAAAGUGUUAGGUAGCUGGGUUGGGUUCAGAAUGUUGUCCUAGCCUUUAUCUGGUGAAACAGAAUAUAUACCAUCCUUAAAGCCUGUUAUAAGAUUGCAGUGACUCCGUGCAUUUGUUUUUCUUUUUGUUUUUGUUUGAUUCUCAAUGGACAGCAUCUUUAUAUAGGAAAUUGUAGGAUUUUUUGAAUAUUUCUCUGUAAGUAACAUUUCUGAGAUUUUCUCAUUGUUUUAGCCUUGUGUUAUUUAUUGCUUCUGUUUUUGUUUUGUCGCAAAAUGUCAGGAUUUUGUUUGUGAUUUUUGUGCUGAAACUGUCUCAUGGUCAGACACUCGAUGCAGCUUUUUAUGGGUUACAGUCGUUGGUAUUCCCUAACUUUCUCCUGUAAUACAUCCUCCAACCGUUUACUUCCACUGCUUUUAAGGACAUGUGUGUGGUGAUAUGAACUGCUACACUUUUCACACGUUAUUUCUUUUGUCCAAUGCCUCAGAUUUGCCUGCUUAUGAUAGACGGAGACCACAUGCAUCUUCCAUCACCAAAAUAUUUCAAACGAGUGAAACAUUCUUGCAUCUAAGACCAACGAUGUGUUUUUUUUAGACAGAUUUCAUACAGUUUCCAUCUCCCAUACACACUAGUUGCUGGUUUACAAAGAAAUUAUGUUUGAUAUUCCAAAGUUGAAACUAUGCAGCAUUGAUCCUGAAUACUGUAUGCUCUUUUUCCGUAUUUGUCAUGUGAUUGAGGAUAAAUGCUGAAAGCACAGUUUCAAGCAAAGCAUGAGACUUAAAUGUACAGCAAGAAAAGAAUGUAUAAAGUAUAUAAAUAAAUCUAUAUAUCUGAAGAGUUUUGUUCCAAAAAUGAUACAUACAGCAUGUGGAAACAAUAUGUUGACAGGACAGAUCCAGUAGGGGGAAUUACUGUAACAUAAUCCUGUAAGUAAUAACAGUUCUGAGAAUCCAUGUGCACACACUAAUAUAUUUUUUCCAAAUGGAUGUGUGAAAUUUUGGAAUGAAACCUUUCAUUUAUUUUUCACCCCAUGACAUGUUCCAUCUUUACACUGUGUGAGUUUGCCUAUGUUUGGUUUGUCCAAUAAAUGCAAACUUAUUUCUUCAUAAA